CACAUCUUCCGCGAUCUUAUGCUAUAAAAAGUCUUUCGAGAGUCAAUCUAGGAAACGGUAAGAAACGUGUUAGUGUUUUUAGUUAAAAUCAAGACACGAUCUAACGAGGUUCGUAAAGGAAAACUGUGACUUAUCAUCAUAUCUAAUUAUGAAGCUCCAUUACAUAUUGGCAUUAAUUACACUUCUGACAGUGGCUUAUGCAGCCGAUGUCACUCAAGAUUUAUUGAAUUCAUCAUUGAAUUCCCACGAUGAAAGUACGAGUCAAGUAAGAGAGAAAAGAACUAUACUUUUAGGAAAAACUGCACUAAUUGGAGGUGGUGGUACUCUUCUUGCUAAAAAAGCCCUUCUCGUUGGAGGUGCUGCCCUUGGAGCAAAAGCAUUGAUUGGUGCUGGCUUGUACAAAGCUAAAUAUUUGGGAAAUGGUUACGGAGGUGGUUAUGAUUUUGGAGGCGGAUAUGGUUACGGAGGCGGAUAUGGUUAUGGAGGCGGAUAUGGUCACGGAGGAGGAUAUGGUUAUGGAGGUGGCUACGGUUAUGGAGGUGGAUAUGGAGGUGGAUAUGGACAUGGACAUUCAACUUAUCACGGCUCUUAUUGGCGAUAAUUUUAUAUACUGUAAUACAGAAUGAAAGUACUCUUGAGAGAUCUGUCUGGAAACAUGUCUGAACUCAAUAUUUAUGAGAAAAAUAAUUCUUUUGUCUAAUUUAAAAGUUUAAAAAAUAGUGUAUGAUAACAAAAAUGUGCGUAAGAAAUUGUACACUUAUAAUUAGACAAUUUUUAUAAUCAUCAGUUCAUUUAUCAUUGGAAAUAUUUUAUACAAAAAAAAAACGAAAAUAAAUAAAUAAAUAUAUAUUUACAACGAAAUAAAAAAUUAGAAAAAAAAUAGAUAUCCUCCCAAUCAUUCGAACAAAAGUUAAUGACUUAGAAGAGGCUAAUACGAUAUUGAUAUCAACGAUUACAGCAUAUAGUAGUGCUGUAAUCGAAGCAAUGUCUUCGCUAAUAUUACGUGACGCUAAUUUUAUAUAUCGAUUUCGAUACUCAUAUUCUUUAUCUCGUUAAGGAAGUAGAUUUAAAUAA